GAAAUAAUCAGCACUGUUCCAGACUUAACAUCAAGCACACAAGAUUCUUCGACAGCAACGGCAGCAUUCUCCACUCCCAUUAACCCCUUCAACGUAACAACUAAAUUAACACAAGCGGCUAUCUUACAAAAACCUGAAAACGAAAGCUCCACCCCACCACUAACCUUAAAUCCUGGUUUCCUGACCCCUCCUCCCAAAGUAGAAACCCCAUCACAAGGCCCGAAGCGCAAAAGGCGUCGGAUUCAAUUUGUAAAUUAUUUGGAUGAUCAUAAUGCUCAUGGCAAACAGAGGAAACGAACUCGGCAUAAGAAAUUUCGAGUUAGACCUUACAAGUACUCCAUGGCCGAAGAAGAUGAUUAA